AUGCUUACACUAGUGCCUCAUAUCACUCGUGGCGUGCUUAGUCCAGGUGUCGCUACCUCCCCCAUCAGCUACGCCUUUGCUGCCGACGCCUCGGCGACCUCCGUAUAG